AUGAACGUUGACAUUGUUCGGUCGUAUGGCUUUGCUGCAGGCAUUUCAAACAUCGGCCUUGCUCCAAUAGACGAGUUUUGCGUUCUUGAGGUGUUGAAUAAGUCGAACAUUGGCUUGGUUUGUGACCAUUAUUGCAACACAGCGAACAGAAUGGUUCAUUGCUUCUCCCAUUGUUGUUUGCAUUAAAUACCGGAAAUGCUCUUGUUUGUUCUAUUGGACGUGGUGCUUGUCGUAUUUCUUGACGUAUUGGUCGUGCUUCAAAUCUUUCUCUUCUAUAUGCUUCAGAAUUAUUUUGCUCUCGGGGUUGAUCUCUUCUUGGUUCAUCUUUAAAUGCUGUCAUACAUUCUUCUGUCGAUUGUCGUAUUUUGACGAUAUCUGCUAAAGCGUUGCGAAGGUCUUUAUCAUCCCAUUUUCUUUUAGAAUGCAGUUCCUCUGUGAUGAGCUGUUGAAGAAUUGCUUGAGGUAGUUUGGAUUUGAUGAUGUUGCAGACGAAACGUUGUUUUGGGCCUCCUAGGCUUUCAAGCUGCAAACAAAUUCGUUCCACUUCUUUCUGAAAUUGUGACAAUUCUCGAAGGUUGUUUCGAAUCGGCUGUAGUUUCAAGAGUUGUGCUUCUAAUUGGUCGCUGAGUUGGUCGUCGUUUCCAUAGUUAUCCUUCAAAAUUUCUUUGACGAUUGGGUAAUUGGUGUCUGAUGGUGGGUAUCCAAUAAUAGCUUCACGAGCUGCCGAUCCUUCUCUGAGGUUUUGCAAGAGCAAAAGAUGUUUCUGGAAAAGAGGGUAUGGUUGU